AUGGCGGAUGAUGGUCAGACGGCUCACUUUACGAGCUUCCUGGAGGUCUUUGACCACUGGGCACAGGUGCGCCCCACCUGCUGCGCUGUGCGUGACUUGCGCGGAAGAGCACUCACUUGGGCGGAGCUGCAGGAGACCUCGGUGCUGGUGGCAAGCCAUGUACAGCAGCUUAUGGAGGCUGAGGCAAUCGAGGUCGGGGCCAUUCUGUCGCGACGCUGCCCAUGGUGGUUGGCGGCCACAGUGGCCCUCAUGCGCUGUGGCAUACCCUUCGUGUGGAUGGGUUGCGAACUCUCCAAAGGUCGAGAGAAGGAGAAGCAGCGCAACGAGGAGAUCCUGCGGGUCCUACGUCCGCAGCUGCUCUUGCUGGGCGCCGAGCUGCCGCCCGACGCUGCCGAGCUGCUCCCCGAGCGCUUCGCCGGGCGCACGCUGCGCCUCGCCGAGCUGCGGCCGCUCGGCGCGUCCGCGCGUUCUCCGCGCGGGGCGCCGAAGAGGGGGUUGCUGUGCUUCCAGCUCACGGGGGGCACCACAGGAUCUUCGAAGUGCGUGGAGAUCACCGAGGCCAUGGCGUUGCACGAGAUCGCGGCCUAUCCGAAGACCUUCCCCCAGCUGAGCUGUGAGGACUGUGUGCUGCAACACACUCCGGUGCUUUGGGCCGCCAGCGCCAUCGGGCAGAUCAACAUCGCAGUCAGCUGCGGCGCCACGUUGUGCAUCAGUGAGGCCUUUGACCAGGAGUCCAUCGUCCGCUCCGGCGCCUCGGUGCUGGGCUCGGUGCCCAGCGCGCUGGAGGCGCUCGACGCGGGCGCCUCGGCGCUGCAGGGCGUGCGCUGGGUCUUCACCUGGGGCGAGGCCAUGGCGCCCACGGUGGCCCAACGGUGGCGCUCGGAGAGGAGGAGAGUGGUGGAAUUGCUGAUCAGUACCGAGUACUGGUUGAGCCUCUACAGCGAGGGCCGCUCUGCGCGGAGCGGGCGCAGCGUCUUCACGGCGGUGGAGGGCGCCGAGGUGGCGGUGCUGCGAGAUGGAGAGCUUUGCAAGGACGGUACUGGAGAGCUGUGCUUGCGUGGGCCCAUGGUGACCACCGGGUACCGUGGGGCCUCUUCGUCCGUUCAUCCCCCAACGGAUGGUGGCGCGCCCUUCUUCAAGACCUCCGACCUGGUGACCCUCAGCUCUGGGGCGCGGUCGCUGGAGUUUCGAGGGCGCAGCGACAUGCUCAUCAAGGUGGGCGGACAGUUCGUGGACCUGCUCGAGGCCGAGGAACGUCUCAAGGAAGCCCUGCUGCCGCCAGAGAGUACCGGUGCCGGUGGUUCUGCAGCGCGCGAGGUGUGUGCCCUACCGGGUGUUGCACAGCCGGGCCAGCAGGGUGCAGCUGCGCACAUCUUCGUGUCGAUUGGAGAGGGUGCCGCACGUCCAGCUGCUGCCAGGCUCCUGGCGCGCGCACGUGCGGUGCUGCCGCCCUCCGCUGCGUUGCAUCUCCUCAGCAAACCGCUGCCCAAGGAUCCAGUGUCUGGCAAAGUGGAUCGCCACAGCCUGCUGCAAGGCGUGAGCGUGACUCCGCCCGCGCGCGCCGUAUGGCCGGCCCUGUGGACCAGGUUCAAGCCACAAGGGCCAUGGCUCUUGGUCUUUGCCUUGGCGGGCGCAGUGAACCUGUCCUCCUGGCUUCGAUCGGGCCGGGCUUCAAGGCCGAGCUGGAAGAAUUUGCUCCAGUUUCUACUGCAUGUGGCCGCGGUCCCGUACAUGUGGCUAUUCUCCUUUCACAUCCCGAUUCAUAUUUGCAGGUCUUUCAUCAACUACGUGCCCUUUGGCCGCUUGGGGGUGCUUUGCAUUUCCUAUCACCUGGCCCGAUCCAGAGGCCUCGGCGCUUGGUUGGCGCGGCUGAGCUUGGGAGCCACGACAGCGCUGGGCGCUGCGAGCUUGAGGCGUGAGCACAUGCUCUCGUGGUGGUUGGUCUUCUGGUUGGCGAUCCCAGAGCAGGCGCAGGUUGAAUGUGGUUGGUGGCUCACCUCCAGCGGGUGGAAAUGGUACUUGGAAGAGAUCCAGUCGACCCUCAUGGAUUUUCGCGGGAGGAGUGAGUCCUGGGCCGACCGCAUCCUUGAGGCAUUGCUCUCUGCACCGCGCGUGGUGCGGGAGCAGCUUCAACGCCUUCAACAGCAGCGGCUGCCCUACAAGCCUCCGGAGGAGCUGCGGGAGCUGGAAGAGGCGGACCUGGUGAUGGAUGAGGCAGAUGAGGCAGCUGCACUGGUGGAGCCGGAGUUCGAGCCUGUCGAGCAGGUCUGUGAUGCGGACGGGCCCACAGGUGUGCCAGAGCUUCAGCCAGCUGCAUCUCUGGUGCCUGAAGCUGCAGAAGACGCGGUGCCCGUGCCAGAGGCGGAGGCAGCAGUGCCUGCAGCGCAACCCGAGGUGGAGACCUUCACACCUCAGUGGUCCUGUGUGGAGUGCCAGUGCCCACUCCCCUGGGGCUCGGAUUGGCGACAAGAGGCCAAGAACUUCUACUGCAAGUCCUGUCACCGAAGCUUCGAUGACCGGUGGUGGGAGUUCCACACGCGCGACGUCAUUGAGCCUGAAGUCCCUGACGCCGACGAUGACGACGAUGACGACGGGAACGAUCACGCGGAGGGCGCCGAUGGGGCGGGUGACCCCGCGGUGGCGAAGACCGCGGCAGGACGCAUCCUGCUGCAGCUUCUGUCCAAGCAGCUGAGCUCCACGUCGCUGAGCCUCCAAACGCGGCUGCUGGGCAUCGACUCCCUCGCCGUGUUGACGCUCUGCCGGCAGCUGCGCUUGGCCGUGCCCAGCUUGUGCUUGAGACCCCAAGAGGUCUUCGAAUGCAGUUCAGUGGAGGAUCUGCUCAACCUCGUGGAUCUCCCAACGGCCGUGGACGCCGCCGGCUCGCCGGCGGAGUCGACGCCCACCGCCACACCGACCGCGGGCGACCUCGGGGUGCCGCGCACCGUGUGGUUUGCGCCCGGGCAGGUGAAUAGCACUUGCAAGUGGCUCUAUGGAUGUCGAGGUCUGCUGGACGAGCGCAGCUUCCGCCGGGCGGCCGCGAAGCUGCUGGCGCGGCACGAAGGCUUGCGGGCCGAGAUGGCGAGCCCGGCCGGCAUGGAGCUGCUGCGGUUUCUGCGCGACGUGGGGCCGCUGCACAGCGUGCUGUGGCCGAAGCUGGAGGUGUGGAGCGAGGAGAAGCUCCCGGGCCGAGCCACUGGCCUGGUGAGGAAGUGCAAGGAGCUGGUGUCGUCGAGCUUGAAGAAUGUGUGGCCCAAGUCGGUGCCCAUGAGACUCACCAAGGAGUUUCUGGAGGAACGAAUUCGGGUGGUACAGUGCAGAUCCUGGCGAGAGGUGGAGCAAGCCUCUCAGCAGCUGAGGGACGCCUUUCAGCCACCCAUCGCCAUCGGCCUCUUCCUGCUGCUCGGCAGCGGGUCGCGCGGCGACCCCCACGCGCCGCGGCCCGAGGAGUGGGGUGCUCCCAGCAGCUUCUUGCAGUUUGUAGUCUCCCAUGCGUACUCAGAUGGUUUCUGCAGCGUGCCGAUGGUGCAAGACUUGUCUGCGCUUUAUGCACAAGAAGAGGACCGACGACGAGGCCGCCGCUCUCAAAUGUCGAACUGCUUGCUGCCCUACAAGCCUGGAGCAUCCUUCGAGGUCCUGGAAGGUCGUUUCUACGCCGCCCUCGAAGGGAAGCCUGCCUGGAGUCAUCCGGAGCAGCUCUCCUUGCGGUCCAGCAUGUUUGAUACGGAGCCUCCAAAGAAGUGGCAGCCCUGGGUUUACAACCACGAGGUCUUGCUGGAAGGCGAGGCCGUGGCCCUGCUGCGGCGCUGCGCCCAGCGGUGCGCGUCCACCUCCGCGAGCGUGUUCGGGGAUCCCAUUCCUGGAUGCGAGCCCUACUGGUACCAAGGCUACCCGUCGGCCUACUACAGCGCCUCCCACGAGACCUUCCGCGCGAAGUGCCGCAGCUUCGUCGAGGCGGAGGUGCAGCCGUACCUGGAGGAGUGGAUCGCCAAGAAGGCCUACCCUCUGGAGUUACACCAGAAAGCGCUGGCGGCUGGCCUUCCCACCGCCGGGCUGCAGAAGGACGUGCAGCUGCGCUACCCGGCGCAGGUGGUUCCGGCCGGCGGCUUUGAUGCGCUGCAUGAGCUCAUCUACCUGGACGAGCUGGCGGCUGCAGGACCUGGAGGCGCCCUGGGUCAGUGUGGCAUCAACUCGAUGGCGCUCCCACCGGUGCUCUUCGCCGGCAGCCCCGCGGUGCAGGCGCAGGUGGUAGACGAGGUGAUCGCGGGACGGAAGAACAUCAGCCUAGCGAUCUCCGAGCCCAGCGCCGGCUCGGACGUGGCGAACAUCGGCGCCUCUGCCGUGGCGGAGAAGGAUGUCUACGUGGUGAACGGGCAGAAGAAGUGGAUCACUGGUGGACACAUGGCCGACUACUUCACGCUGGCCGUGCGCACCGGCGCGGCGGGCGCCGGCGGCUUGUCGUUGCUGCUGGUGGACGCGCGGACGCCGGGCGUGCGCGUGAGGAGGAUGGAGAUGCAGUUCGACAGCUGCCAUGGCACGACGUUCCUCGACUUCGAGGAUGUGAGGGUGCCGAAAGCGAACCUCAUCGGGGAGGAAGGCAAGGGCUUCAAAUAUUUGAUGUUCAAUUUCAACCACGAGCGCUUCGUGAUCUCCGUGUCCACCUGCCGCUUCGCGCGGCUUUGCUACGCCGAGGCCCUGAAAUAUUCCUUGCGACGGAAGACCUUUGGGAAGGCUCUGCAUGAGCAUCAGAUGAUCCGAUGGAAGCUGGCAGAGAUGCUACGACAGGUGGAAGCUCUCCACGACUACAACGAGCGUGUGGCCUUCCAGUACAAGUCCGGCGUGCCCGACUCGCGCCUGGGCGCGCAGUGCGGGCUGCUGAAGGUCAUGUCCUCCAAGACCUUUGAGUACUGCGCCCGCGAGGCGGCGCAGGUCUUCGGCGGCUCGUCGCUGGUGCGCGAAGGCCCCGGCAAGCUGGUGGAGCGGCUCUACCGCGAGGUGCGUGCCUCGGCGAUCCCUGGCGGCUCUGAGGAGGUGCUGCUGGAUUUGGCCGCGCGACAAGCCAUCGGCCAGGCGCUGUCCCAGGCGGAUUUCGCCUGGGUGGCGGGAGGGGGGUGCUCUGGACAGGGUGGGGCUAUCCAUGUUUGGCGGAUCUUGGAUGUUUGGGGGGGUCCUGGUAUGGCUUUUUGA